AAAUUUAGGGAGUAAAAUUAGAAUUUUUUUUAGGGCUUAGAGAAAGAGAUCGAAGACUUGGGAGGAGAGAGAGAGCAUCAAUGGCGUCGAAAAGGAGAGCUUUUGGAUGGGUAGCAGCGAUCGUGAUAUUUGUAGUGUUGAUGAUCGUCACUCCAGCAAUCCCUCAGUCUCAGGAGUACCAUGACUUCGCCGAUCAACGCACGCUCUUUCUCGGGAUUCCUAAUACCUUGAAUGUGAUUUCCAAUUUCCCUUUUCUCGUUGUGGGACUCGUUGGGCUUGUGCUUUGCCAUUAUGGAAACUACUUUAGACUCAGUUUGGAAGGGGAGCUCUGGGGUUGGUCAUGCUUCUUUGUUGGUGUGGCUGCUGUUGCUUUUGGUUCAUCUUAUUACCAUCUCAUGCCAAAUGAUGCUCGUCUUGUCUGGGAUCGCUUGCCGAUGACUAUUGCCUUCACAUCCAUUGUGGCAAUCUUCAUCAUUGAAAGGAUUGAUGAGAGGACUGGAAGGACAUCGCUUAUUCCUCUGGUCAUGGCGGGUAUACUGAGCAUUUUGUAUUGGAGAUUUUUUGAUGAUCUUCGCCUGUAUGCAGCUGUUCAGUUUGUACCUUGCAUUAUUAUACCUCUGAUGGCUAUAAUUCUGCCGCCAAUGUAUUCUCAUUCUUCAUAUUGGCUAUGGGCGGCUGGAUUUUACCUUUUAGCAAAAGUUGAAGAGGCUGCAGAUAAGCCGAUUUACAAAUGGAUGCACCAUAGUGUCAGUGGUCAUACCCUUAAGCACCUAUGCGCUGCAAUGGUUCCUGUUUUCUUAACACUCAUGCUUGCAAAGAGAAAUGCUGAAUCUGAGAGGAAGAGUUUGCUAGAAACUUGGCGCGUUGAGUGGGUCAGAAUCAAAGAUGGCCGGAUCAAGCAAGAAGGGAUGGCGUGCGAGUACUCUACUGUUGCAACUGCUACUGAGAGUUAAUUGUUCACUAUAGACAAACUGUAUUAUUAGCAUACGAAACACACAUACGCAUGACAUGCAAAUUCCCGUAUAGUUGCCUAUUGUAAAUCAUAAGAUCAUCGUCGUUGCCUCUUGUAAAGAAGUGAAAAUGAAGAGUUUCUAUACUAAAUUGGUUUUUUCCAAUGAACCUGUUCUUUGGAUCAAACAGCUGAUUAGUCAAAAUGAUGCAUAGACUAAUAUUGAAUUUCAUUUGAAUUAAAGCUUGUCUACAUACACAGGGAUUAAAGAGGGGAAACAAACCAUGAACCCAAAAGGUCAGCACUGUACAUGAAAGAGAAGAAAAGAGGUAGACACACCAACUUGCGUGCCUUGAGCUUAUUAUGAAUGUAGUGUACAAAUCUAAUGUUACAAAGUGGGGAAGUCCUGCAUCUUUUCAGCUUGGAAAAUGAGAACUCCCAGCCAGUGACUUUUCUGAAUGCUAUCAGGAUCUUGAACAUAUAUCAAUAGCACCUCAAAAACAUGCAUUCAUUGAAACCUCAAAAGAAUUAGGAUGAAGACGAUAAAACUCAGCAGCAGCUAUGUUUGCUGAUACUCGACCGGAGAAAAAAA